AUGAACGACAGCGAGUUUGGCUAUAUUCACAUGCUGGCCCAGGACUACCUGAAGUACGUCUUGCAGAUACCACAGCCUGGAUCUGGUCCAAGCAAAACAUCCAGGGUGUUACAAGACGUUGCUUUCUCAGUCCAAAACGAAGUUGAAAAGAAUUUGAAACCAUUCUUGGACAAUAUUGAUGUUGUGUCCAUAGACACCGCCAGAACAAUAUUCAACCAAGUGAUGGAAAGGGAAUUUGAAGAUGGCAUCGUUAACUGGGGAAGGAUUGUGACCAUAUUUGCAUUUGAAGGUAUUCUCAUCAAGAAACUUCUAGGAGAGCGAAUUGCCCCAGAUGUGGACACUUACAAGGAGAUUUCUUACUUUGUUGCAGAGUUCAUAACCAAAAACACAGGAGAAUGGAUAAGGCAGAACGGAGGCUGGGAAAAUGGCUUUGUAAAGAAGUUUGAACCCAAAUCUGGCUGGCUGACUUUUCUGGAAGUUACAGGAAUGAUCUGUGAAAUAUUAUGUCUCCUGAAGCAGUACUAUUGA